GCCCGCUGCCCACAGUAGCUCCUCAUUGGCCCGAAGCUUUAAGGUGGAGUGCUCGGGAUUGGUGCACGCCGAGUUGCUCUCGCCCCCGACCGCGAUUGGCUGGCGUAGCGGGGUUCUCCGGUCUCGGCCUUGGAGGCGCGGACGAGGCCUGGGGUAGCCGCGCGAGGCGGUAUGCUGAGACAGUGAACAUGGACUUUUCUCGACUGCACACGUAUACCCCACCCCAGUGUGUGCCAGAGAACACUGGCUACACCUAUGCACUCAGUUCAAGUUAUUCUUCUGAUGCUCUGGAUUUUGAGACUGAGCAUAGAUUGGAUCCUGUAUUUGAUUCUCCAAGGAUGUCUCGUCGUAGCUUGCGCCUGGUCACAGCAGCGUAUAGCUCUGGGGACAGCCAAGCUAUGGAUGCACACUCCUGUGCUAGCAGCACAGCCUCCUUCAAGGACAGAGUGACCAGAACAGUAAAACAACGCAGAAGUGCAAGCAAGCAGGCCUCCUUUAGCAUCAACCACCUGUCAGGGAAGGCCACAUCCUCCAGUGUCAGCCAGGGCGGCUCUGGCAGCCUACAGGGCACUGUGUCUCUGCAGCCUCCGGUUCUGGAUGAGUCUCUGAUUCAAGAGCAGACCAAAGUGGACCACUUCUGGGGUCUUGAUGAUGAUGGCGAUCUUAAAGGUGGAAAUAAAGCUGCCGCUCAGGGAAAUGGUGACCUGGCAGCAGACACAGCAGUCCGAAAUGGGUACACCUGCAGAGAUUGCAGCAUGCUCUCGGAGCGCACAGAUGUGCUCACUGCCCACCCUGCCACCCACGGGCCUUCCUCAAGGAUUUAUUCCAGGGAUAGGAAUCUGAAACGCGGUGUGUCUUUCUACAUGGAUAGGACUUUGUGGCUGGCCAGAUACACUACAUCAUCUUUUGCAUCAUUCUUAGCUCAACUUUUUCAAGUGGUUUUAAUGAAGCUCAAUUAUGAAUCAGACAAUUACAAAUUGAAAAAUUAUGAAUCAAAAGAUUGUGAAUCAGAAAGCUGUAAGUCAAAAAGCCAUGAAUCAAAAGCCCAUCGUAGUUACUGUGGGAGAAAGACUGUCACAGAACUUCCCAGGGAGGAUGGCCGUCCCAGUGUACACGGGGAGUCACUGUGCGAUGACUGUAAGGGGAAGAAGCACCUCGAGACACACACAGCCGCCCGCUGGCAGCCAUCCAGGCCACACAGGGUGGUGGGGGCCAUGGGGCACCUCUGCACCUUUGCAGGUUACUUCUUGAUGCAGAUGCUGCGAAGGGCCAGAGCUGCCGGAUGGUUUGUGGCUGAGACAGUGUGGUCAGUCCUUUGGUUGGCCACUGUUGCUCCAGGUGGGAAGGUGGCCUCUGGAGCACUCUGGUGGUUCGGGAUUGGAUGGUACCAGUUUGCUACUUUGAUCUCUUGGCUGAAUGUGUUUCUUCUUACAAGGUGCCUUCGAAAUACUUGCAAAUUUUUAAUCUUGCUCAUCCCACUAUUACUCUUACUAGGUGCAGGCCUCUCUCUGUGGGGUCAGAGUGAUUUCUUUUCCCUUUUGCCUGUGUUAAACUGGACAGACAUGCGUACAGCAGAGAGGGUGGAUGACCCUAAGGACACAUUCAGACCUGGGUCUUCUCACCUGCAGGUUGAUGGACAGGCUUCCUGGUGGCUAUGGGAGAAUGACAUGAGGCAGCAGGUGGCUUCUUUUUCUACUCAGUGCCACAACCAUGAGGAGAAGCUCAGGGAGCUGACGGUCUUACUUCAGAAACUGCAACUGCGGGUGGACCAGAUGGAUGAAGGCAGGGAAGGGCUGUUGCUGUGGAUGAAGGAUGUGGUUGGACAGCACCUGCAGGAGAUGAGUGCUGCUGGAUUCCGGGGCACCAAGACUGACUUUAUGACUUAUCACCAUGAAAAUGAAGUGCGUCUCUCAAACAUGGAAGAUAUUCUUAGAAAACUGACAGAAAAAUCUGAGGCCAUCCAGAAGGAAUUAGAACAUAUGAAGCUAAGAACAACCAGUGGGGCAGAGGAGCAGCCCCUCCUGCUUCGCAUGGAGCGCCUGGAGCAGGAGCUGGGCCUCCUUCGGUCACAGUUGUCGGGCUGGCAGCAGCUAAAGGCCGGAUGUGAGAAGGUAGAUGCUCAGGUCAAAGAAACCGUCAGGCUCAUGUUUUCUGAGGACCAGCAAGGUGGUUCCCUUGAGUGGCUGCUGCAGAAGCUGUCUUCACAUUAUGUGAGCAGGGAUGACCUGCAAGUCUUGUUACGGGACCUUGAGCUGCAGGUGCUAAAGAACAUCACCCACCACCUGGUAGUAACAGGACAGAAGCUGACGUCUGAAACUGUGGUGUCUGCUGUGAGCGGGGCAGGGAUUUCUGGAAUCACAGAAGCGCAAGCGCGUGUCAUUGUGAACAAUGCUUUGAAGCUGUAUUCCCAGGACAAGACUGGGAUGGUGGACUUUGCUUUGGAAUCUGGUGGUGGCAGCAUCCUUAGCACUCGCUGCUCCGAGACAUAUGAAACCAAGACAGCAUUGCUGAGCCUGUUUGGGAUCCCACUGUGGUAUUUCUCUCAGUCGCCCCGUGUGGUGAUCCAGCCUGAUAUUUACCCAGGUAACUGCUGGGCAUUUAAAGGCUCCCAGGGGUACCUGGUGGUGCGGCUGUCGAUGAAGAUCCACCCAACCAUGUUUACUGUGGAGCACAUACCAAAGACACUGUCACCGAUGGGCAACAUUUCCAGCGCCCCCAAGGACUUUGCGGUCUAUGGAUUAGAAAAUGAGUAUCAAGAGGAAGGGCAGCCCCUGGGACAGUUCACAUAUGACCAGGAAGGGGAGUCACUCCAGAUGUUCCAGGCACUGGAAAGACCUGACAAAGCUUUCCAGAUAGUGGAGCUUCGGAUCCUGUCCAACUGGGGACACCCCGAGUAUACCUGUCUCUACCGGUUCCGAGUCCAUGGCCAGCCCGCCCAGUAGAGAGGCACUCCCUAGUUUGUACAGUUUGUAUAUACCAGGACCUCAGAACACUGGAACCCUUCAGGGAUGAGGGCAUGCAUGGAACAGAGGGACUCCUCACCCCCUCAAUAAAUGUGGCAUGGCAGCAGGGAAUGUUGACUUAGUCUUGGAGCCACAUCUGUGGUCCAUAGAGUCAGCAGUGGGGUCUCUGGAAGCUCAUUUGAAUGUAUGGUUCUCAGACACUCAUUUGUUUGGGGGAUUUGUUUUUGAAUGCAAAGCUCUUUAUAUUUGUACUUCCUGACAUUGUAGCAGAGCAGAUGGAGUUGAGAGGUUUGAUAUGUUCUUGAAGCUCAACAGAAUCUUGGGAGGGCAGACCUACUCCGUCUGUUAAGCCCACACACGUUUCUUUCAGGGAAAACUGUCACCUAGCUUUCAGUUGGGACCCCUUCCCUUGGCUCAUCUCCUGGUCCCUGGUGCCCAGGUGGAAGGCCUGAAGAGUGCCCCGGGCCUAGUUUGAGUAGAGUUAGGAUUCACUAUGCUGACACCACAGAGGAAGGCGAGUGGGUGUGUCUACACUGAGGGUCAGAGUCAGUCUGAUGAGCACUAAACUUGGGCUAUGAGGGCACAGUGUGUGCAGGAACCAGGACUCCUGGCCCUCUGGUGUCCCCCAAGGGAUGUUCUGGUCCUGUUAACAGGAACACUAAGGUGCCGACUCCCUGCGGCUGCUUCUGCUCCAUGUGGUCACCAGGGAGCUGUCUUCCCUACAGCAGCACUUUGGGCAGCUCUUGGAGUCUGCCUUCCAUUGCUGCUGCCAGCAUUCUCACUUGGUUUUGUGAGACUUGUUUUGGUUAUAAUUAAUAUUUAAUGUGUAGACUAUUUUAUGAGCAGACUUUAUAACAGAUAUCUACAAGGCACUUAAAAGUGUUAAUGGAUGUUUUACCUAUAUUUAAGUCUCAUUGGUCAAGACACUUGGCAUUCCAUCACUGCUGUACUUUCAGAAAACGAUAACGGUGGUGCUCACUGGUUUCUAGGGAGGUUUGUGUAUGUUGCACACAGUCCCAAAUACCUCUGCUACAGGAGGCAGCGCUCCUGCUCCUUAGGACUGGGACUGAGGCGUGUGCAGUUAGGUCGGGUAGGAUGUGUACAAACAUUUCAUAUACUACAAAUCACAUAUAUGUCAAAAUUUCCUAUAUAAAACAAAUUUGGGGGUUGGGUGGAGAUAUUUGAAUAUUUAUUUUUAAAGAUGCGACAUAGGACUUUGUGCAAUGUAUUUUUGUAAAUGCUUUUCAAAAUAUGUCUUUGAUAGUGUUUUGUUUGCUUCCACCAAAUUGAUAAAUGCUAUUGAGAUGUUUAAAUAAAGAGUUUUAAUUUUUAAAA